CUCUCUCUCUCUCUCUCUCUCUCUCUCUCUCUCUCUCUCUCUCACACACACACACACAUACACACAAACACGACGAGACAGGAGAGGACACAGGAGACAAGGGGGAGACAGCAGUGGGUCAUCUGUCAGUCUGUUUGUUUGUUGUUUAGUCAGUGGAUGUUGUUUAUUUGUUUGUUGUACCACGGUGUCAGAUCAGGAUGUCAGGACAAAACAGUGAUCAACUGCACCGCAACACUCUGGCCAUUUAUACGAGCAUACUGGAGCAGUUCAAUCCAGGUCUGCAGAGACUGGUGGCACUGGGAAACAGCUACAUUCAGGCUUUCCAAGCCCUGGCUGUCACCAGUGAGGCCUAUUUCAAUGCUCUGUCUAAGAUGGGUGAACAGGCCAUGCAAAGCAUGUCGUCACGUUUGCUGGGUGACGUUUUGAUCCAGAUCUCAGACAGUCAGAGGAGACUCACCAAUGAGCUGGAGGGAGUGUUCCGCUGGUUCCACUCCGAGGUCCUUCGAGAGAUGGACGACAAUGUCAGACUAGAUAAAGAAUACAUAUUUAACAGCAGGAGGCGCUAUGAGAUUGAAGUGAGAAACCAGGCAUCGGCACUAGAGAGACAGAUGAGGCGAGGGGUCCCACAGGACGGCAGCGAAUAUGUGCACUUUCUCAGAGAGUGUCAGAGAGAGGCUUUAAAGGAGGAAGAAAGAAGAUAUCGAUUCCUGGCAGAGAAACACAGCGGCUUCACCCAGUCCAUUGCGUAUCUCAUGAACAAGACAGGGGGCGGCCUGCAAAACAGAGCCGAGGGGUGGAAAGAUCUGGUGAAUCACACGAGAGAAUCCCGUCCACGCACUCCUUCACGACUGGAGGACAACAUUCUGGAUGUAAACCGCUGGUCAGAGCAACCACUGGGCAAGGUUCCCUCUAGAGGCCCCUCCCCUCAGCCCAGUCGUUCCAACUCCAUGUCGGGAUUGGCCGGAGGCAAAGUGAUGCGAGCACUGGUGCCCCACCCUCCCUCUGCAAACUCCACCCUCCUGCCGUUCUCCCGAGGAGAAACCAUCACCCUACUGGUUAAAGAGCCGAGGAACGGCUGGCUGUUCGGCCGCUCUGACAGCUCUGGACGGCAAGGCUGGUUCCCUGCUGCUUAUGUAGGCCCCAUGGAUGAAGCACCUGGACCUCCUCUCUCCAGUAGCAGCUCUUUCAGGAGCAGCAGCAGUAUGAGUAACCUCCUCAACCAACCUGUGAGCAGCAGGCAACAAAAUGCUCCACCUGCACCUGCACCUGCACCUCCACCACCACCUCCUCCAUCAAGCAGAUCCAGUAAUUCCCGGCCGGUCACUCCCACACCUUCAGAAAACAGAAGACAAGAUGACUAUGAGUCUCGACCACAACUUUUUCCAAGAGGCACAAAUCCAUUUGCCACUGUGAAGCUGAAACCCACUAAAACCAAUGACAGAUCAGCUCCACGCAUAUGAAUAAUAUUUCAACCAAUGAACAGUCCUUCAAAGGCUAAUCAGUGGUGCACAUUUCACUGUACAUUGUUCAACCGUUGUCAAAAACAUAAAUUUCCAGCAUAAUCAGUACAAAGCAUCACAUUUAGGACAAAGCGACUCAAGAAUGAUAAAUGACUAGUCUUUAAAAGUUCAUUAAAGCAGGUAGUUAAGAUAAUUUACCUUUAUCUUCAGGCUGUUGGAGGGUCUGCGGCAGCAAACACAAUAACACUCUUUUAGAUGUAAUGGCCCCAUAAAUAUUUGUCCGCUUAAGUCACACUUAAAAUAUGUGAAUUUCAUGAAGUGGCAAAUUCAGACAAACACUGUGCUUUAGUAGAUGUUUGAAGUAAGUUCUUCUCAAGUUGACGCAGGUGCAGUUCAUCACAUUAACUAUGAACAUGUGGAACUAACAUCUGAUGAAACGUUGCAACUUAUUUUUGUGAAAUGUUUGGCUUGAAAAGUGUCAAGUGAAAAAUGUACUUCUUUUAAAAAGUCAACUUGGUUUGAUAAUUUCUGUGUAUUUGAAAAUAUCACUUCCGUUCUCUUGUAGUUUUAUAUGCUGGACUUGUUCUUACUAACCAGGAAAUGUAAAUGCAGGUCAGCUGAAGUGCUUUUAAGUGCUGAGAUAAGUGCGUCUUUUCCAUCUUUCCAUUUUUAAAUAAUUGUAUACAAUUUGCAUUAUGUUAGCAAAACACCUCUUAAAGUAUCGCAUGUCCUCUGAAUGCACUUUAUAAAUGUAUACUGUCAUGUUUGUAGCUGUUGGGGCUGGUUUAACUACAGUUCCUCUGGGACCCCAGUGUCUCUGAUAAGCGACUAUCAGUCUCUCUCCUGCUCUGUGCUUGAACUUUGUCUCUCGGCUCAGUUAAUUCAUCUGAUGUGUCCAAGCGUCCAAUUAUAAGCUGCCCCUAAAUUGGCUGUUCUGUCUGCUUAAGUGCCUAUAAAGUGAAUGCUCAUUUUAACCUUGACAGUAAUUGGUGUGACCUUCUACUGAGGCGUCAAGCCCAUUAGUAUAAACCCAUUUGUAGGGAUGUCUUGUUAGUUAUCAGCAUUUUUUUUUUUUUGAGAAUAUUUUUCAUCUUAAUUGAUGUUGAAUAUUCAAAACAGAAAUAUGUGCAUAUAUCACAGCAGUAAUUUGCGUCUGUUACUAUUUGACCAGUGACUACAGGAAAAUAUACAAAGUACAGUCUUUCUUGUAGACAUCUUGAACUAAUUCUUUACAUCUUGAUAGCUUUGAUAAAUAAAACAAUGUGAAGUUGA